ACAGCUGACGGUGGCGGAAAGAGUGACUUGUGUUACCUCCGAAUAGACCGGCACUUUCCGAGGGCGGCGGGAUGCGUGCUGCCUGCGGGCACUGGUGGUGCGCCCCCUCGCCAGCCACGGCCGCGGGCGGAGGUGACUGACCCCUGCCGUUGUGUGACCUGACCUGACCCUGUGAGCCGCGAACCCCGCCGGAGGGACAGGGAUGGCCACCGCCGGACAGCCCGAGGGCCUCAGUUUCGGCAUGGAACGCAUACUGCGACUGGACAGUCCGCCGUCAGCUCGGAAAGAUGCCGACUCGACCACGGGCGGCGGUUCUGCGGAGCGGUGGCCGCCGCCGACUGGUCCGCUGCUGCCGCUGCCCGGCGGGCUCCGGUCGCCGCUACCCGGCGGUGGCCGCUCGCCGCUGCACGCUGCCGGCCCCCUGCUGCCGCCGCUCCGACCUGCCCUGUACCCACUGUGCGCGCCGCCGCCGCCGCUGGUGCCGUACCUUCAGCUGGGGAGCCGGCCGGCCGAGCCGGCGCCGCGACUGUGCGCUACCUGCCCCGACCCGUGGCCGGUCACGUGCCAUCACCUGAUCCAGGCGGCCGACUGUCGGUACCCCUCCUCGCUGGUGGCUGGCCGGCGGCUGGGUGCGCGCCGCAAACGCACCUGGACACGGGCCGUGUUCACCAACCUCCAGCGCAAGGGGCUGGAGAAGCGGUUCACCGUGCAGCGCUACAUCACCAAACCGGAGCGCAGGAAACUGGCAGAGACGCUCGGCCUCACCGACUCGCAGGUGAAGGUGUGGUUCCAGAACCGGCGUAUGAAGUGGCGCAACUCGCGGCAGGCCGCCGAGCGGGCGGCCGAGGAGACGCCGGUGGUAGACUCCACCCAGCCCUCGGCCGAGGACGAGUCGGCGCAGCCCAUCAACGUCGAGGACUAGUGCCAUCACAAAAACCAGAGGACUAGCGCGAUCAGAGGACUACACGACUAGUGUACCCAGAAUGCUGGGUGACCGGAGCUCAGAGCACUAGCGCGCCCAGAGGGCUAAAAGACUAGUCGUCUGGCCGGCCUGCAGCAGCCUUAUAUGCCGAGUGUUACUGUAGUUACCUACCACUUGCCCGAGUGGAACAUGUCGGGCGGGCUAAGGAUCGAGACAAUGUUUGAUUUGAGCGCCGAGGUUAUCUGGACAGUGUUCACAGUCAGUGUUGGGUUUUGCCGCUAGUUUAGCGAAAAGUGACCUUUUUUUUAGAAAAGUGUAAUAUAUGUGGUGAAAUGUUGCGAACAGUGCCUUGUGUGAUUGUGUUGAAUCGUGCACCGUAACACUGAGUCUGGAUUUUACCAUUGUAGUAGCAAUAGAAACAUACAUCAUAUUGGUACUGAUUGUCCUGUCAUGGUGAUGACCUUUUAUAACUUGAUAGUUGUUUGGACCGAUUCUAAUAUAAAAAAAAAUCAAGUCACCCUACCCUCAUUAACAACUUUAGUCAUUGGCUUCAAGAAGCUACGCUCCUUCCAGCGGGGCCUAUAUGCAGAGCGCUGAUGUAGAGUGCAUGUGAGUCAGCUGCGUAGGCACGGAGCUCGUCUCAGCGCGGGGUAGGUAUUGUUUUUCAACAAAACCGAGAAUGAAACAAAGGCUAUGUUAUCGAUCACUUGGAAAUCGUAACACCUAGACGCGCGAGGCUCCAUAGAUCGGGGCUCGGGCUCAUCGUUGUGUAUCUUUUAUCCAACUUGGCGGCAAUAGACAGACGUUUGUAAUUUGUAUUAGGCCAAAAGACAAACAUUUGCCUUUUGUUACCACACAGGGCAGAUAAUUCGCUAAAUGGUAAAUCUCAUCGAAUGUGUGCAGCAUCGCGCGUCUGUGCUAUGAUUUCCGAUCAACUGAGAACAUAGUCUUCGGGCUAUUAUCAGUUUGGUGGAAAGACAUUAUUUCGCAUGGCUAGAGACCGAGACCACUCAGUGAGACGAAGACUGUCCGUGAGAUCGGGUACUUCGAUACUCAGUUGGGUGAACUGCUUGCCGUUUACAUCAUUCAAAAACCAAUGAAUAACAUUGUCUUCGAUAAGGUCCAUUGUCUUGUAAUGUUGCAUUUUCUUUCUUUUAUUGUGCCAUGCGUGUUAGCAGUAAUGGAAACAGCAUUAGCGUGUUUUAGGUUCGUUGCAGACUGUGAGACGUAAGUCGUUAUAAUAUAAAUGCCUAUAUCGCAAGGCUGUUUGUGAGCUUCUUGAGUGUUUAUAAAGGUCAACUGGUUCCGAAAUACGUCGAAGAUAAAUACAAGUUCAGCAUGAAUA